AUGGAUUUAUCAUCUCUCCCAGAAGCACAGAAACAACAGCUUCAGCAACUUCAACAACAAUUCAAAGAACACCAAGCACAGCAACAAGCAGAAAAGGAAUCCCAAUAUCUACAACAACAACAACAGCAAUAUCAAGAUUAUGCUUCACAAGCCUACGACCCAUCUCAGGUUCAAUCCUAUGAUCCAUCCUAUUACUCUUAUUACCAGCAAUACCAACAAGACCCACAACAUUCACAGCAAGAACAGGACACCCAACAACAAAAUUACUCGUAUUAUCAGACAAAUUACGCCAAUGCGUAUUCACAACACCCACAACAACAGACCCAACGCGAAUCGGCGUCGAUUCUUCCGCCUGGCGUUUUGGUUCAGCAAGAAACGGCACCGCUUGCAAGUGAGUUAGGUAGGUCCACUGCGUUACCGGGGGUGGGGUCCACCAUGGGGUUGGGACAAGAACAGGUACAGGUGCAGCACCAGCAGAAUGCGAAUUAUCCGCAACAGGUGGGUGCGGGAGGAGAUCAGUUGAAUUCGGUGCCGACGGGACUGAACCCGGCGGUUGCGGCGGCAGUGGCGGCGCUGUCGCAGCUGACACAUUUUGCGGGGACAAUGGAUGCGGCGGAGAAGGCGAUGGUGGGAUUGCAGGGGCGGCAGUGGUUUGGGAGGAGUAAUGGGUAUGGGCCGUUGAUUGGUGGUCCUGGGUCGAUGUAUCCCGGGCAGGAGCAAAUGCUUCCGCCGGAUUGA